GGGGAGGCGCGGCGCGCCGGGGACAGCGGCGGACGGCGGCGGCGGCAUGCGGCUCCUCGCGCUGCCCAUCGUGGGCUGACACGGCCGCAGCACGGGCGGGGGGCGCGGCGGCGGCGAGCCGAGGGCGCAGCCAGCCGGACAGACCGCGGACAGCGGUCGGGAGGCCGCGCCAUGGGCCGAGCCGGGGGCGGGGGCCCGGGCCGGGGGCCGCGGCCGCUGCUGCUGCUUCUGGGGGCCACGUUAGUCCUCGCCGCCGGGGCCGCGCCGGGUAGGUACCGUCCGCGACUGGAACCUCAGGGACCCUCGCGCCCCACCCUGGAUCAAGCGCGCGAGGCGGGCAGCGCCGUCGAGGCCCAGGAGCCCGCGAAGAGCGCCCUGGCGUGGGAGCCGCGUGCCAACAGCACGCGCGAGAAGGCCAGCCCGCCCGGCGCCGGGGACAAUGAGGCCUCGUGGAGCGUGCCCGGCGGGGAGCAGGCCGCGAUGGGCGCUGGGGUCGGGACCGACGAGGCGCUGGAGGCCUCGGCGGCUGUCACGGACACCGCCUGGUUGGAGGCUGACAGCCCGGGCCUGGGAGGGGUGACCGCAGAAGCGGGCAGCGGCGACACUCAGGCCCUCCCAGCUACCCCAGCCGCUCCCGACGAGUCCCUCGAGCAGUCGUCGAUGCCCCCCGCGACGCCCGAGCCUACAAAGGGCAGAGGACAAACGUCCCCCACUCCCGAUGGCAAGCUGAGCCCGGGCCCUGACAUCGCCAAGGAGGGCCCCUUGGAGGUUUGGCUGAACCUGGGAGGCAGCACCCCUGACCCCCAGGGACCAGAGCCCACAUACCCCUUCCAGGGCACGCCGGAGUCCCAGCCCGGCUCCGAUAUCAUUGACAUCGACUACUUCGGAGGAUUGGAUGGGGAGGGCCGCGGGGCCGAGCUGGGGAGCUUCCCGGGGUCCCCCGGAACCUCUGAGCACCACCCCGACGCCGGGAGCGAGACCCCUUCCUGGAGCUUGAUUGACUUGUACGACGACUUCACCCCCUUUGAUGAGUCUGAUUUCUACCCCACCACAUCCUUCUAUGAUGAUUUGGAAGAAGAGGAGGAGGAAGAGGAGGAGGAGGACAAGGAUGCCGUGGGAGGUGGCGGCCUGGAAGAUGAAAAUGAGCUUCUGGUGCCCACCCGGAAGCCCGGCCAGCCCACUGGUCGCUGGCACGUGGUCCCGCCCCAGCACACCCUGGGCGUGGUCCCGGGCAGCAGCAUCGCGCUCAGGCCCCGCCCAGGAGAGCCAGGCCGGGACCUGGGCGCGAGUGAGAAUGGCACCGAGUGCCGCAGCGGCUUCGUGCGCCACAACGGCUCCUGCCGCUCUGUGUGCGACCUCUUCCCCAGCUACUGCCACAAUGGCGGCCAGUGCUACCUGGUGGAGAACAUAGGGGCCUUCUGCAGGUGCAACACGCAGGACUACAUCUGGCACAAGGGGAUGCGCUGCGAGUCCAUCAUCACCGACUUCCAGGUGAUGUGCGUGGCCGUGGGCUCGGCGGCCCUCGUGCUGCUCCUGCUCUUCAUGAUGACCGUGUUCUUCGCCAAGAAACUCUACCUGCUCAAGACAGAGAAUACGAAGCUACGGCGGACCAACAAAUUCCGGACCCCUUCUGAGCUGCACAAUGAUAACUUCUCCCUCUCUACCAUUGCUGAAGGCUCUCAUCCAAAUGUAAGGAAAUUUUGCGACACUCCCCGUACCUCCUCCCCCCAUGCCCGUGCCUCGGCUCACUAUGAUAACGUUAUCUGUCAGGUUCCAGAGCUGGUCCCAGGGUUGCCGGCAGCAGACGCGGGACGGCAGGGGCACAGCAGGAAGGAGCCAUCGUGGCCCAUGCGGGCCCUGGAGGCAGCCGGACUCAGCCGGGCCGGGACUGAGGAAAAACCUUCCAUGAGCACCUUCUUGGAUGAUCCUAGUGCUCCUCACAAAAUCCAGGAAGUUCUCAAGUCCUGCCUGAAAGAGGAGGAGUCAUUCAACAUCCAGAACUCCAUGUCGCCCAAACUGGAGGGCGGCAAAGGUGACCAGGCUGACUCGGACGUGAACUGCCUUCAGAACAACUUAACCUAAAGUGGAACAGGAAGAGAGAAAGUGGUGGGGUGGGGGUGGGGCGGGGUGAGACACAUUAUCUCCUCUUGUACAGAGUCUAUUUCUUGUAACCAUUUGUUAAACUCCUUUCCUUUCCUGAUCUCAUGGCAUGCCUUGAUGUAUUUUGUACAGGAGGGGGAAAAAAUACACAAAAUAAGGAAGAACCUGAGCAGAAUUGCAUACGUUUUGGAUUGUUUUGUCCGUGCUGUCUGUACAUUGCUUCUGCUGCUGUGAUUUCUAAACUGAUGCUGUUAUUCAACUGACUUUUUUUUUUGUACUUUGACCCACAUUUUUUUGAAAUACCAGUUAAAAAAAAAAUCUUGAAAUAAAACUUUUUAAAAAGCUA